AUGAAGCGGAACCUUUAUCUUCUUGAUUGUUUUGCACGACCUUUCUUCUACAGUCUUGCUGCUAUUGAGUGGCUCUGCCUUUGUAUGGAGCUCCUGUCCACCUGUGUAUUUUCUUUCUGCAUGCUAUUGCUUGUUAGCUUUCCCCAUGGAAGUAUUGACCCUAGCAUGGCUGGACUUGCUGUAACAUAUGGUCUGAAUUUAAAUGCGCGGUUAUCCCGUUGGGUACUUAGCUUUUGCAAACUUGAAAACAAAAUAAUUGAAAGAAUUUAUCAGUACAGCCAAAUUCCUAGUGAAGCACCGACAGUUAUUGAAGAUUCCCGCCCUUCAUCCUUAUGGCCUGAAAAUGGGACAAUUGAAAUAGUUGAUUUGAAGGUCCGUUACAAAGAAAAUCUUCCUUUGGUGCUUCAUGGAGUAUCAUGCAUAUUUCCUGGUGGGAAGAAUAUAGGAAUAGUUGGACGCACCGGCAGUGGCAAAUCUACAUUGAUUCAAGCAUUGUUUCGACUGAUUGAACCUGCAGAAGGAAGUAUCCACAUAGACAACAUCAAUAUUUUACACAUCGGUCUUCAUGACCUCCGAAGUCAUCUCAGUAUCAUACCACAGGACCCGACCUUGUUUGAAGGGACCAUUCGAGGCAAUCUUGAUCCUCUUGAGGAGCACUCAGAUAAAGACAUUUGGGAGGCACUAGAUAAGUCUCAACUUGGCGAGAUCAUCCGCGACAAAGGACGAAAGCUUGAUACACCAGUUAUAGAAAGUGGAGACAAUUGGAGUGUAGGACAGCGACAACUUGCUUCUCUUGGCCGAGCUCUAUUGAAGCAGUCAAAAAUACUUGUACUUGAUGAAGCAACAGCAUCCGUCGACACUGCCACUGACAAUCUUAUCCAGAAGAUUAUUCGAACAGAGUUCAAAGCCUGCACUGUCCUCACCAUUGCUCCAUGA